AUGGCGGUGAAGGUGGCCUUCGCGGCGGUGGCCGUGAUGCUUCUGGCCACAUGGCAUCUAGCGGCGGCGGCUCCGCUGACUGCCCCAGCGUUCCUCUGGGCGCCGGAGAACUACGGUUUGGACGAGGCUAAAGAAGCAGUGCACUAUCAGACAAUCUCACCAGCAAGUUUAGCAAAAUCUGUACUUGAUGAAGGUGGCUGGUCAAAGUUGGUUUGUUCAAGGGAGGGCUCUCAUAAGAAUGUUGACAUUGCUGUUGUUUUCCUCGGCUCAAAGCUACAAUCGUCGGACAUGUCUAAAGAUAAACAGGUUGAUCCAUCUUUGGCAGAUACGUUAAAGGUCUCCUUUGCAAGAUCAGAGUUUUCCAUGGCAUUCCCUUAUGUUGCAAUGGCAGAUGAUGAUAAAUUGGAGAGUUCACUGCUAUCUGGGUUUGUUGAGAAUUGUGACAGUGACUUCCAAGGAAACCACAUCACAUACACAGACACGUGUACAGUAAGCGGUGAAUAUCUGAAGAAACAUCAGAACAUGGAUUCUAUUCAUGACUUGGUGAUGUCACGGAUGGGAAGGAACCCAGGUGGAAAAACUGAUCUGAUUGUCUUCUGUAAUGGUGGUUUCAAGGAUUUAGAUAAUGCAAAAUCGGAAGGGGAGUUGCUUUCCGAGCUGGUUGCUGUGCUGAAAAAGUCUGGGGCUAAAUAUACAGUUCUUUAUGCUUCCCAACCCUAUGGUUUGGUGGAGAAGACUUCCAACUUGCCAAUAACCAGGUAUCUUGCAGAGAAGACCAACACUAGUACGGAACCUGGCCUAGGCGGAUGUGAUGGAGAGUGCGCAGUAAAAUCAAGUCUUCUGGAGGGAGUUUUUGUUGGGCUAGUGAUGCUCAUCAUCUUGAUAUCAGGAUUCUGUUGUAUGAUGGGGAUCGAUACCCCCUCAAGGUUUGAGGCUCCCCGGGAUUAGGAGUCUUGGUGUUAGGUUGCCCGUCAGAUGCUAAAGCUCAAGGCAGGCUUGGGAAAUACGAAUAGCAGAUGUUCUUUCGUCCGAAAUGUGGAUAUAAUCGCGUCGAUGUAUUAUUAGUUUACCUUUACCGAGGCAUGCCAUCAAAUUUUGUGUAAUAUCAUUACAUCUGGUACCUAGGACGGAAAAUAGGACGGACUAUAAAGAUGUAGCUGAGCUGAAAACACAUUCUUGCGCCAGGGUUGUGUUGUACAAAAUAUUUCUGUGAAUAACAUGGCAUUUGUCCAUGAAUAAAAUAUUUGCAUUUGUUUA